UCGGCACCGAGGAGCGCGUCGUCGGGCGCCGAGAUGCUGGGGACACUGGUCUGGAUGCUCGUGGCCGCCUUCCUGCUGCCGCUGCCGCCGAGCCGGACGGCGGGCGCGCCGAGGAGCGGCAGGCGGCCGGCGCGGCCGCGGGGCUGCGCCGACCGGCCCGAGGAGCUCCUGGAGCAGCUGUACGGGCGCCUGGCGGCCGGGGUGCUCAGCGCCUUCCACCACACGCUGCAGCUGGGGCCGCGCGAGCAGGCGCGCAACGCGAGCUGCCCGGCAGGGGGCAGGCCCGCCGACCGCCGCUUCCGGCCGCCCACCAACCUGCGCAGCGUGGCGCCCUGGGCCUACAGGAUCUCCUACGACCCGGCCAGGUACCCUAAGUACCUGCCCGAAGCCUACUGCCUGUGCCGGGGCUGCCUGACGGGGCCCUUCGGGGAGGAGGACUUCCGCUUCCGCAGCACGCCUGUGUAUGUGCCCACGGUCGUGCUGCGCCGCACAGCAGCCUGCGCUGGUGGGCGCGCCGUCUACACCGAGAGCUAUGUCACCAUCCCCGUGGGCUGCACCUGCGUCCCCGAACAGGAGAAGGACGCCGACAGCCUCAACUCCAGCAUGGAUAAACAGGGCGCCAAACUACUGCUGGGCCCUAACGACCAACCGGCCGGUCCCUGAGGGCAGCAGAGGCAACC